UCUCUCUCUCUCUCUCUCUCUCUCUCUCUCACUCACAAAGAUCAUCAGUGGAUGACAAAGGCUAGAGGACAACCUUUUUUCUCCUCCCACCAUCACAUGUCCCCCUCCCCACCAAGGCCCAAAUGGGUCAGCUUUGCUCUUCUUCUUAUUUUUCUUCUUUUUUUUGGUUCUAAUUUGAUUAAUUUUAAAAUUGUGAUUUGAGUUUGUAUUUUGAUUGAGAGCUUCAUCGAUUUUGUGCUUCUACAUGUUUUUUUUUUUUUUUUUUUUGGUUCUGGUUUGAUUAGUUUUAUUUUAUUGUUCAAAUUUCAUUAGGCUUAUGAGAAAGAUUGUUUUUGUGUUUCAAAUCUUUCGAUUGGGUUUUGUGUUUUUGUUUUAAUUGUGGUAUGUUUUAGUUUGUAACCAUUGAUAGAGAAGCACGAGAGAGUGAAGAACGAAAAAGAAAAGGAAUGAGAGAAAGAAUUUUUUUUUUUUAUUCAACCAAGUAUUAUUUUAAGGGAAAAUAUUGUUUAGAGGUGCUACAGUAAUUGCUACAGUAUUCACUACUUCUAGAGAAGCACUGUAGCAAUUCUAAUCUAAAAAAUGGAAAUGGAGAAACUGUUGGAGUGGGUUUUUGGGGUGUUUUCUCUCUAAAAUUGGCUUUAAGAAGCCAUUGGAGAUGCUCUUAGUCCAAAGUGGGGAGAUGCCACUGCAAUUGAAGAUGUAAAAAGUCCGCAAAUUGCAUUCUGAAAAUAUGACUUAAAGUUAAGUUUUCAUUGUAUUUUAGCCGUGUGUAUUUGCAUACAGGGCGGAAUAGACACUUGCCUUUCAACUUGUUGGACAAUAAUUAUAGCUAUUUAGCCAGAAUAUUAUAAAAUAGGGUCUCCAUCAUGUUUGCCUUCUGCUCAUCCAAACAAUAUUAAGAAUAUGAGACCUACUUCGUUUUAUUCUUAAUAUUGUCUGGACUUCUGUGGUGCAAGCGUGCAAGUCCAAACAAUAUUAAGAAUCAAACGAAUGUUUUGAUAAUAAUAUACUCGUUGCCCCUAAUCUUGAGGUACGAAAAAUACAUAUAUGGAAUCCAUAGUGCAAAUUCUAUGUAAAUUAAAAAUGGGCUCUCCCUUGUAUAUAUAUGUAAUGGUGUUUACAGCAUGGACAUCCAAACCACACAAAACCAAAAGUUUUUGAGUUGUGAAUACACUAGCUUUGUUGGUCCUUGUUUCAAUUCCCCAUUAAACGCUGCAUCAUAUUCAUUUUUGGGACUUUUUAAGUUAAGAUGGGUCGUCAGCAUCAACAACCACAUAUACUGAUGUUGCCAUUUCCUUUACUAGGCCACAUCAAACCCAUGCUAAAUAUAGCACAACUUCUAUCCCACGCUGGGCUUCAAGUUACCUUCCUGAACACUGAGCACAAUCACCACCGCCUCACCCAGCUACAAGAGCUUUCUACUCACUUCCCAACCCUCCAUGAUUUUGAGUCAAUAUCUGAUGGCCUGCCAAAGGAUCACCCUCGCACUUUUGAUUUGACUAAAGACAUGGUCAUCUCGUUCAAGUCUGUCACGAAGCCACUUUUCCGCGAGACGCUGGCAGAGUAUAGCAGAAACUCUGAUCUGGGUCCGGUCACUUGUGUAAUAGUGGAUGGAAUUAUGUACUCUUUUGCAAAUGAUGUCGCCGAGGAGUUGAGGAUUCGCGUAAUUACCACACGACCAUAUGGUGCUUGCUGCUUGUGGAGCUUUUGCUGUAUUUCGAAGCUAAUUGAGUUAGGCCACAUUCCAGUUGGAGCAAAAGAAGAUUUGGAUCAAGAGAUUAAGACUGUGCCAGGUAUGGAGGGUCUUUUACGACGUCGAGAUCUACCAUCAGUUUGUAGACAACCAACAACGGAUCCUCUCCUACAACUCUUCAUUGAGGAGAGCAAGACCAUGACUCGAGCUUCAGGGAUCAUACUCAACACCUUUGAUGACCUCGAGGGUCCGAUUCUCUGUCACAUUGCCCCUCUCUUUCCAAAUGUUUACACAAUUGGUCCACUCAAUGCUCUUGUCAAAACCAAAAUCGGGGAUGAUAUCAUCUCGCAAUGUUUAUCCUCCUCUAGUAACUUAUUGGAACCGAACAAUAAUUGCCUGACGUGGUUAGAUUCCAAGCCAUUAAGAUCAGUUGUUUAUGUUAGUUUCAGAAGCAUAGCAAGGGUGACACGUGGUCAAUUGUUGGAGUUUUGGUAUGGUCUAGUCAACAGUGGCGCGUCAUUUUUAUGGGUGAUACGGCAUGAUAUGAUUGAAGGUGUGACAGGGGAUGAUAUGAUCCCGAUGGAGCUUGAGGAGGCCACAAAAGAAAGGGGAUUUGUUGUGGAUUGGGCUCCACAAGAAGACGUUCUAGCCCACUCAGCAGUGGGUGGGUUUUUCACCCACAGUGGUUGGAACUCGAUUUUAGAAAGCAUUGAUGCUGGAGUGCCUAUGAUUUGUUGGCCAUUGUUUGGCGACCACCAACUUAAUAGUAGGUGGGUUAGUGAAGGGUGAAAGAUUGGGCUUGAUAUGAAGGACACAUGUGAUAGAUUAACCAUUGAGAUAAUGAUUAAAACUCUUAUGAAACAUAGAAGGGAGGAAAUCAUCAGGUCCAUGGAUCGAUUUUCAAAAUUGGCUCAUGAUUCUAUUAGCCCAGGUGGAUCCUCCUACAACUUGGAGAAGCUUAUUGAAGACUUGAGAAGUACAUGAUUUUAUGAUUAUACUGGCAAUUAAUGCAAGUUGACAGUAGCAAUAUAUGAUUAAGAAGGUUCAUCAACAAAUACUAUGCUCCUUUCCCUAUAAAGAACAAUAAGAUUGAAGAACCUAUUUUUAAUAAUAUUGUGGUUGAUGUUAGAUUUGGUGUUGUCCCACGUUGGCAACUAAAUAAAAAGUUUUGUAAUGGUUGGAGUGUUUGUUUAAGUUUUCUUAUUGCACUUCAACUCAUUUGCUUUAGUUAAUUGGUUGUUAUUUGAUGGGUUUUAAUUACCAUCCAAGAGUCUUUUUACUUGUAGAAGAUGAAAUAAAUAUGUUUACAAUGUAUUGCCUCCAUUC